UUAAUGCAAAGUAAGGUGGUGAAAAUAAUUUUUUCAAUGAUUUUGUUGAUUUUGGAUUGCGAAAAAUUCGCGUAGUUCUUCGCGAAAGUUGACGUCGUGUUCAUUCGGGAUUUUUCGACGAUUGCGCUGGAGACGUCGGAUUUCAGCCAAUCAGAAGUGGUGCUGCGUGGUCAUGUGACGAAGACCCGUACAGAGUGGUAUUCAGAGUGGUCUUGUGAUUUUCGUGUCCUCGAAGGUUUUCUUAAAUUUUUCCUCAAGAAUUCUUAGAAAUUAUUGUAUUUUUGAAAAUUUUUAGCAAGAAAGAAGAGUAAAAAAAAUAUUUCAGGGAAAAUUUCAGAGGAAAUAGGAAGAUUUAGGUGUAUUGGGGAAAAGUAGUGGGGAGAAGAUCAACCAAAGUGCAACCCUGUCUUUUCUGUCAUAUGACUUCGUAAAAUUCUCUGCACAGUCAGACAUCUUUCUUUCUUCUACGGGAGCGAGCAAUUUCGGUGGUGUAGGCCAUAUUUGACAGUGGAAUAUCAAUUUAGUUUAGUGAAGUGAGUGUGUGAAGCGAGUUCGGUUCGCCAAGAUCCACCUUGAGAAGAGCAACUCAUCAGCCUCUCCUGACCAAGAAGACCUGUAAAUACUCUCUGCGCCCGGACACACCGCGCUUUUGUAAUUUAAUCGGAGCUUUUUGAGCAAAGAAAAGAAGAAAACCCACAUAAAACACAUAAAAUGGCGUUGCCAGAGGAAUCACCCGUCUAUGGACCAUUUUUCGGAGUUAUGGGAGCUGCUGCUGCCAUCAUCUUCAGCGCGCUGGGAGCUGCUUAUGGAACAGCAAAGUCAGGAACAGGUAUUGCCGCCAUGUCGGUGAUGCGACCAGAGUUGAUCAUGAAAUCCAUCAUUCCCGUUGUCAUGGCUGGUAUUAUUGCCAUCUACGGUCUGGUCGUGGCUGUACUUAUCGCUGGUGCCCUGGAAGAACCAAGCAAAUACAGUCUGUAUAAAGGCUUCAUCCAUCUGGGUGCUGGUUUGGCUGUGGGCUUCUCCGGUUUGGCGGCCGGGUUUGCGAUCGGUAUCGUUGGUGAUGCCGGUGUACGUGGUACUGCCCAGCAACCUCGUCUCUUCGUCGGUAUGAUCCUCAUCCUCAUUUUCGCUGAAGUCUUGGGUCUCUACGGUCUCAUUGUGGCCAUCUACCUUUACACAAAGUAAACGCGACCAACCCCCCCUCAAACAAACACAGCAGUACCAUCUACACAUCCCCCCCCAAAACAAGAAAUCCCCUUCCCCAGAGGAAAUUUAUACUUUUCACAAGGAAAUCAACAACAAAAUGAGGAGGAGAAAAACCAAGUAAAGAUGAGCAAAAAAAAAUAGUAAAACAAACACACAAAAUAUAAUUAAAAACAACAACAACCAAAAUGAAAGAGAAUGAAAAUUUAGUGAAAAAACAUCCAUUUUUUUCGUGUUAAUUUUUAAUGAUCAUCUCCAUCGGCAGGAUUAUUUGUAGAAGUUAAAGAAAAAAAAAGAAAGUAAGAAAGAAAAUUAUACGCCCACGUUUUAACAAUAGAAAAAUACGAUGAUGUGAGUUAAUUAUAAUUUAAGUUAUAUGUUUAAACAAGAGAAAAAAAAUAGAACAAUUUUCUUUCCUCUGUCGCGCAUCCCGGAUGUUCCGUAUCUCCUUGUGUGUGUAAAAAAAAAAGAAUUAAGUGAAAGUGGAUGAAUGGAUGUCACCUCUUCGGUGUUCGAGGAGGCUAAAAAGUACGUCCAAACACUGAGAGAUAAAAUAUAUUACUUUGUAAAUUUAAUUCUUUUCCUGUUCUGUAUUUUUUUUGAGUCGCGCAUUUUUUUUUUUUGGUAGAGAUCCCGUGGAUUUUUUAUCGUGUUAACCUGGUCAUUAUAUUUUUUUUGUCAUGUAAGGACAUUUUUUUUUGUUUUCGCAAUGUGGAGGGGGAGAUUUCGGGGGUGUGGACGUUUUUUUUCUGGCAAGAAAGAAAGAAAAUGAAUCAUCCCCAAAAUCUCAGAAUUACGUGUCUUUGGGGUUUCUUGGCUCGGAAAUCCGGCGCGGGGUGUUUCCCUGCGCCCUUCUCGUGCCUCACAUACAGGAGCCAAUCGAUGUGUCAUGAUGCUGGAUGCGGAGAUUGUCUUCUGGAACGAGAUGGGCAUGGCAUCCAUGUGCCGGAUCUUCGAGGGAUGCGCUCAAGAAUCUCCUGCAAGACACAAGUAGAUGGCGCAAAAGAAGUGAGAGAGAUGAGGGAUUUUCAUUUAUAUGGGAAAUCCCCGCAACAUCCAGUGGAAACGUAAAAAUAAAAUAGGAUCAAAUCGUCGCUGGAAAAUUCUCUUUCCUUCGGAAAAUAUUAUUAAAAAAAACAAUUGUGGUGCAAUGUUUCUUGAAAACCGAUUUAUCCAUCAGGUCGCUAUCCCCCGCGUAUUCUAGGCUAGUUUGCUUUUUGACAGCACCUCCAUUUGACACUUGUUGCGAACGAAAUGUCAAUUUUUUGACAGAAGUGUCAACACUUGUGUCAAAUUCAGUGUGUUAUGUUAAAUUCACAAAACUUAGAUUCUAAUGAGGAUAGCCUACACCCUCCCUCCCGCCAAAACCCCGCCCCCCAUUUUUAGCCGCUAAGUUCGUUUCCCGAAAUAAAAUUUAAAAAAACAUCCGGAAGAAAAUCCUUUUUCCGGACUUAACUGCACAACUUCUAGACAAGAAAAUUAUGUUUAAAAAAAAGUCUUUUUUGAAUUUAUGUGAAAAGCUCCAAAAAAUUGCUGUUUUGAUGAGAUAAAGUUUUAAAAAAAAGCUGAGAAUUAGGAAGUGAAUAAAUUGAAUUUGUUAAUUUUCAUAAAUAUUUCGUUUUCUUUGAUUAUGAAGAUGAAAAAAAAAACUAUAUAGUUAUUAAAUAAAAUAUUUUUAGGUAAUAAGGAUACGAAAUAACUUAAUUCAAAAUGUAUAUGUACAGUUUUUAGUGAAUAUGAUGAUGAAAAAAAAAACAUUAGUGGAGAAUAUUGAAAUUUUCAGAUUAAGACACCAUUUUUUUCUUUUUUUUGCAAUUCAUUUCGUCACUUUUGGAUUUUUUUCCUUUCAAAAUCUCUGCCUUUUUUCCUGUAGAUUUUUCCCUAUUGUUUUUGGAAAUUUUCUCUUCUAUUUGAAUACUUUUUUGAUAGAUUUGUUCUUUUUCUUAUAAAUUUUCUUUAGUUACUUUUUCUCAUUUUUCUUCUCAAAAAAAAAAAAAGAAAAUAAUAAAACACAAAAACGAGUGAAUUGAAAGAGAAUUUAAAGGACAGAGGAUGAAAACAUCGUGAAUGGUGUAAAUAAAAUAUCAAAUUGUGUACCGAAAAAGUAAUUAAGAGAUCAAGAAAAAAAUCAUACAAAAAUGACGUUAUAUCAUUAUUAGCUUUCUGUGUAUAAAAAAAAUGAAAAAAUAUGUAUUUUAAAAUGACUAUAAAAAAAAACACAAAAUAAUUAUCCGGAUUCAUCACACAAAACUUAUUGAGAAAAAAAAGAACAUGUCGCGCUCGAUCCGUGAAAGUUUAAAGAAUAAAAAAUAAAUAAAAGAUCCCUCAAUUGUAAAAAAAAAAUGAACAUUUAAAAAACAUCGAUCGAGUUGUGAUUAUUUUUCAUUUUGAAGAGAAUUUUUCUUUUAUUUUUGCAAAGAAAAAAAAAAACAAUUUAAAAGGAGGGAAAAUGAGUGAAGGAAAAAAAGGGAAGUAGAGAGCAUUAUAAAUAGAAUGAAAAAAAAACAGAAGUAGAUGAGAUAAAAAACUAUUAAAUACAUUUAAAUAAAAAAAAUAAUAUACAAAAAGAAUAAAAAUUGAUUACAUUUAUCGUAUAUGAAGAAAAAAAUCAUUUAUUAAAAAAAUGAGACAAAGAUCGUCAGGGGUCGAAGAAUAUCACUGAAAAAAAAAAGAAUAAAUUUGUACAUUCCAACAACUUAUUUAUCUGUUUAAUCCAUAGGCAGCAAACAACAGAAAAAACUUAUUUAAAUGAAAAGAAAAAAAUCAUCAAGUAUAUUUAAAAAAAAUGAGAAAAAUUCAGUGUUCAAGUUUAAUUAAACAAUAAAAUGAUUUCAAAUAAAAAA